GACAGCGCAAGAAGAAUGGCACUAGGGGAAAUAUGGCGGACGAUUUUAAAAAGCCACUGAUUUCAACAAAACAGGUAUCGUGUAAAAUCAAUGAUAUUUCAACGGAGAUUGUUUGCUCAGAUUUCGGGGACAAAUACUUAGUUCUUAUUACACAGUAUGGUAAAAUGGGAACAUUGGUACAGAUUGGUAAAGAAUCUCACAUGAUUAACAAUGGGGAUACCGAAAAUAUUGAUAUUAAAGUUUUGUUAGGAAAAGAUGAGCCCCUAACCUAUGUGUAUGCAAAGCAGAUUGGAAGUUCACUCUUUGGGCGUGGAAUGAUAAGACCUAUUUUGUUGGGUAUUGCAUUUAAAGAUCAAACACCAGAAACCUUAAAACAAGUUGUUCAAUAUAUCGGAGAAAGUGAUAUCUUCUUGUAAAUAAAAUCAUCAUGAUGGACUAAGUAAGAUCUGGAUUACCAAAUACCUAAUACAAUCUCUUUUCUGGAACAUUAUGCUUUCAAUGUCAAGCUUAAAAGACAUCAUUUAUACUGGAAAAGUGGAAAACUGGAGAAGAGUAUUGCACAAGCUUUGUGUUGAAUAGCAAAAGAAGAAAAG